GAGAAACGUCAUGUUUUAGAGCCCAUUUACCACGGAGUACAUACUGUCAUCGUCAUCCACUACCUUAUCGGUCUUCAUUCCGCUAAAAAUCGCUUGUAUUGAUAUGCCUGCAUUCCGACUCCCCAUCGGGCACUCCCUCCCUCUUCGGCCAAGAGAUGUCCAAUUCUUAUGAUGACGCCUGCAAUGUACCUGGGAAAACCUCGGGGCUCAGUAUCCUCAAUCUGUUACUGGCCAGAAGUUGGGGGCCUGAGCGCUGGUUGCACAGCUAGACGGAUCGACCUGGUUGACGCGACUCAAGCCCCAGAAGCCCAAAGCCCAAAGCCCGCUCACUCACUCUCCAAGCCUCCACACACAGAAGAGUCUGUGGCUUUGGCCGGCUCGCGUCCGGGACAUUCUGAUCCCCUGAUUCUCUUUGUUCCGUUUGUCUCUCUUCCUGAUUUCCCGAGGAUUUGCUUCCAUUCCUACCGCCAACAAUAUACGAAUGCCGACCCCAAGGAGCGACGAACAGUGCCUCCGGUUUCCUGUCUGCAAAAGAAGCCCCGGAUCAAAACCAACCGCGCUGUCGUCUCUAGCCCCCGUCGAUCACACCCACAAUCUCCUACGGCGGAAACCCAGCUACGUCCGAGCCGGCACCGAUUCCGAUUCGAUGCCGACUUGCAUGACCCAAACAAAUACCUGACUCUACUGCUCCUUGGCCCCGGCGAUCACGAGCCAAACAUUCGAGGCGUGGGCAACGGGCUGAAAGCGGCUCUGGGGGCUUUGCUCGAUAUUCGGACGACAGUCAAACCUGACGCUGUGGCGUUGUACCCUACCCUCGUGGAUCGCCAAAAGAACCUCGGAACCCGCCCCUUCAACUUGUAUCCUUCCCGACCGCCGAACCCCCCGAUGCUGCCUUAUUGGUCCAACGCCGACCUUCCCCCCGCCGCCCCUCUUCAGACUAGCUACCACGUCUCCCACGAACCACCUCCGCACCAGCUGCCCCCUUUGCCCAUGUCCCCGCGUUGGGAUGCUCUGGGCAACUCGGGCACUUAUAACUUUCCCAAGUCCAAGGCAGCCCUCGCCGUCGCUUCUGCUUACGACAACCUUGGCUCCCCCCACGAUGCAUACGCCGAACCUCCCCUGUCGGCAAGGACGGCGAGGUUUCCAGAGACGGAGGAUCGAAUCUCUGCCCACCCCAUGCCGAAGCAGAACUUUUCCCGUCCGCGGAAACCGAGCCUUAGACAACCACAGCCACAACCACAGCCACAACCACAGCUACAACCACAGCUACAACCACAGCUACUACAAUCACAACCAGCCCUCGACCCCCCCACAGCCAGACAACCAUAUUUUCCCUCUCCCUUCGCAGCACCUUCCGACUACUCUGCCGAACUGCAUUUGCCACUGUCUCUUCCUCGACCACAGGCUCAACCUCAGCCUCAGCCUCAGCCUCAGCCUCAGCACCCUCAGCAUCGUGAGGAGCCCAACACGCAAACUGCAACCAACCCGUCGUCACCCGUGACCUCGACACCCCUUCCGCCUUGUAGCGACGUUCACGAACCUGGCCGGUCGAAACUACGCCACGCUGCCGGCGUCCCGCCGACAACUCGGACCCCACCGCCCCCACUGACGAACAGCACCGACGGUACGGGAUCAUCUAGCCAUGGCCGCGACAUGGCUCCCUGGAUGAGCGCAGACGAGUCCCGGUCGAGCUAUCGUUCGCAGUGGACGGCAUCGAGCGCCCCUGGAACGGCGACGACGGAGAGAAGUAGUGUUGCGACGAGGGAUAGCUCUGUCGCCUCGAUGUGCACUGGCUCGGAGGAGCCGAGCAUCGAGGACGUCAUGGGGCUGUAUGAGAAGGGCUUCCAUGACUCGUCGUGCGCCGAAGACCACGAUGAUGAUACAAACAAGGAAUCCGAGAUGACCAAGAGAAACACGCGAAUCCUGGAAGCCCUGGAUCGGUCCCUGCUCGCAGAGUCCGCCACGAGAACCGGGAAUCGUACAGUUCCUGGCAUGUUACCUCUCGUCCGUGAGUCUACCGAGACGUUCAGCGCCACCGCCGCAACGCCGCCGUCACCACUCGCCAGCGACACGGAUGUCACAGACUCGGGAACAAGGGAGGCCGAGAGCGACAAAGGGUGUGCGGAGAGUGACAAGCGGGAUUCGGCGAAAUCGUUACACGGAACGCAACCUUCUCCAUCGCCCUCUCCAUCGCGUCCGCCUUCGCCUUCACCUUCAACUUCGCCCUCACCCUCACCCUUACCCGCAUCCUUGCCUAUGCGUCAUGCGAGUAACCUCACCAGCGUCACCGCAUCUUCCGCGCCAUCCUCGACGGUAGAAUUAGAAGAUCCCAACUCGAGAGACCGAUACGGAUUUCGGAAACAAAACCAGUACAUUACGAGGGAGCAGUACGAUGCCUGGAACGAUAAAUACAGCGACUACCUCGCACGGAGGCGGAGGAAGUGGAUAGCGUUUCACAAGGACAGCGGCCUCCUGACGGACCGACCUAUCCGGUUCCCACAGCCAAGCGCGGCCAAGACGAAGCGGUUUGUCCGUAAGGGGAUCCCUCCCGACUGGAGGGGCGCUGCCUGGUUUUACUACGCUGGCGGGCCGGCGAUCCUCUCGAAGCACUCGGGCGUGUACGAGGAGCUGUUGCGCAAGACGGCUAAGCCGGUGGACGUGGAGGCGAUCGAGCGCGACCUGCACCGAACAUUCCCGGACAAUAUUCACUUCAAACCGGCGAACUCGGCCUCGGCACCAAACACAGAGCCCGGCAACAGCAAUGAAAAUGGCGAUGCUGUCGAGUCUGAGCCCAGGAUGAUCUCGUCGUUGAGACGUGUGCUUCAGGCUUUUGCCAUCUACAACCCGCGCAUUGGAUACUGCCAGAGCCUCAAUUUCUUGGCGGGGCUUCUUCUGCUGUUCAUGGACACGGAGGAGCAGUCGUUCUGGCUCCUCAACGUGAUCACGCGGGUCUAUCUCCCCGGCACGCACGAGACGAGCUUGGAGGGCUCCAAGGUGGACUUGGGCGUCCUCAUGAGCACGAUACGAGAGACUAUGCCGGCGGUGUGGGCUAAGAUUGGAGACGAGAUGGACGCCGACCCGAACGCGAUACGCCCCACGACGAAGACGACGACCACGGGAAGCUCGCUACGCAUGGUGACAUCGCGACGCAAGCACGUGCCGACCAAGUCGACCGACCGGCUUCCCCCGAUCACGCUCUGCAUGACUGCGUGGUUCAUGAGCUGCUUCAUCGGCACGCUGCCGAUCGAGACGACCCUCCGCGUGUGGGACGUGUUCUUCCUGGAAGGCUCCAAGACGCUGUUCCGGGUGGCCCUGACCAUCUUCAAAUUGGGAGAGGCGGAGAUCAAGGCAGUCAAAGACCCGAUGGAAAUGUUCGGGGUCGUGCAGGCGAUGCCCCGACGGCUCCUCGACGCCAACGCGGUGAUUGAGGCGUGCUUCAAACGGCGGAACGGAUUCAACCACCUCGACCAGGACACGAUCGAGACGCGUCGUCGGGAGCGGCGCGACAAGGUGCAUGCCGAGCUGGACAGGGAAGCGAAGGGCCCGACCCGUGCGGGUACUACAUCCGCCAGCGGACGGGAGGAGGGAGCCGAGCCAAGAGUGCGCAGGAAAGGUACCUUGUUUGGGCUGAAGGUCAAUGGAAAGAAUAUUGUGAGCUUGAGGCUUGAGAGCCGGGGGAUGGACGAGAUCUCUCGCAUCGUUGGCGUUCAGGGCUACUUCAUCUGA